GUCUGCCCAGUGUUUUAAGGUAUGGGCUAUUAUAAUACCAAAGUAUUGAACAAGUGGUGUAAGACAAAGAGUUAAUGGACAAUGAGAUAAUAUGGCAGAAAAGCGGUUCUUCCUGUAAGGAAAAGUGCAUUAAAUUAUGCAGUGUAUUCUUAAAUUGGUCGACGAUUAUAUAGUGGGUAGCAAAGAAUAACAUAUACAUAUACAUAUAAGGUAAUUACAGCAUAAAUAUACCUUCGCAAUAACAACAUCUAUUCUUGUUAGAAGCAGGUUUUAGUUAUGAGUGAGACUGUAUGGGAGUCCAGGUGAGCCGAAUCAAUCUGCAUCGGGUCGCAAACGCUUGGAAAUCUCUCAUUGCGUCUCCUCGAAGCUGACAGCUUAUCCCUCGGUGGGAGCACCCUUCUCUCGCUCUCUACGCCUCGCCCUCUGUUUUCCAUCGUCGCGUAGGUGUAAGCACACGCUGGUGGAUGUGCGCCAUAUUGACUGCAUCGACGUUUCCGGCUUCCUCUCAUCUCGUUUGCAGAGCCAGUAUCAGUAAUUCCGGUAUUCUCUCUGAAUUAACAGAGCCGGCUCUGUAGGGUUACCGGGGGGUAUGUACAGGCACCGGAAACGGUCGACGAUCAAAGGACACCCGAAUCGGCAUUAGCGGUAACUCGAGCAAAUCACUCUGUUUUCGAACAGCAAUGACGCGAUCUCGUCAUCCAAAUUAAUUAGAUUUACCUUCGAAACUUCAACUGUAAAGAGAGACAGUCAGUCAGAUAGAUUGUCUCCACAGCAACAAAUUUAAGUUCAUUGAUUAAUUUUUUUUUUUUUAAAUAUUGGGUACUCGAAGAAGUUCGUGGCGUUUCUCAUCAUUUGUAUGAUUUCAUUGCAUCAUUCUGUGAUUAGUCGACCACAGUGUGAUGCAUCUUUGACGUCAAAAUUUUGAUGGAGCAUUUCGUCUGUAAAAACCACAAAUUUUAUUCAGAAGCCUGCAUUCUCGUCUUUUUCGAGUACCCAUUAUUUCUUCAUGUAGAAUCAGAGCUAGGCUCGCAUAACUCAUGGAAAUGCCGACUUCGGAUCGCCUAAGUAUACAUUUUUAGGUCGAAGAAUAAAUCUCCAGCUGGCACGUGGUACGCGAUUAUCGAACACGAUGACGCGAUACCUUCGGCUCUUUCUUGUUUCACUCCUGCCUUUGUAAAAAUAAAUUUCUGGUGUAACCUCACGGCCAAAAACGAAGGAUGAUUAUUCAUCCGCAAAAAUAACACCGUCAUGACGUCAUUUCGGUCAAAAUUCCAAAUUCCCGGUUUCAUUACGUCAAAGGCAUGCUCCUCCAUCAGCAACCUAAAAGAAAAUGGAUAUAGCAUACUCCUAGGAGGACCCUCGUUAGCCCACUCUGUCGUGAAAGAGAACGUCAGGUACUUUUGGUUCUUCAAGUCGAAGAAGACCGUCGAGUAUGGCAGUGGGAACUGUGGAGGACCACUUCCAGAGAGCAAUCCUGUAGAACCUUGCGAGGGGUGUCCUUCUAAGUGUCUAGCGAAGAAAACAAAGAAGAAGACGACCGAUUCGCGAAAGGAUUCGUCGAAAAGCGAGGAGAAGCUCGACAACUGCGUGGAAGAGAAACCGGUAAAGGUGAAGUUGACCUGGUGGGAACAAAUCUUCGGACCUGACCCAAAGAGAUUCUGGCCAGAUCCUUGCACCUGUCGCGUGGCUCUCAGACAGAGAAAGAAAGAACGAGCACGGGAUCCGAGACUGAUGGACCCGAGGUACAAGGAAACAGCUGGUGAUGUCUUCAUGUACACGGAAAAUUUGAAGCCUCGCAGUCGUCCCUGUUUGGAACCACAACCGAAACCACCGCCAGCGUUCAAGGUACCCAAGGCUGUGCUGUUCAGGAUGAUGGACGAGGGUGGCGAGAUGGGUCCACUUAGUAACGUCGUCAUAGAGCAGAAAACGGACGAAAAUCUUAAGAUUUCAUCUCACAAGUACAGAAUUCCAUACGAAGAAAUGAGACCGCCAGAGAGAAGAAGGAGAGUAUUUACUUGUCACGAAGGAAUUCGAUCGGAGGACGUCAUCAGACCAGUCAGCGUAGAACUCAACACCUCCAGAGCACCCCUAAUUAAUCAUCAACUCCACAUGCAGCAAGGAGUACAAAACAAUUGUAAUAAACCUCCCGAAAAAAUUGAAAAAGCUCCGGUCGUGGGGAACAAUAUUCCAGAACAAGGUUCUCAAAAACGUUCUAGAAUAGAACAGCUCAAACUGCUCAUUCAGCAGAGGGAGACCUUGCAAUGUAUUGCCUUGAACGACUUCGGUGAAAGUAAAGCGACCUGUUAGUGCAUAAAAUCUACAUAUUUCUAAUACAAACUCCUGUAAUGUUUCUCAAAUUGUUAGUGUAUACAGGAAAUAUAAGUUGUAUAUCAUCUCUGUAUAAUAUAAAAAAAUAAAUAAAUAAAUAAGUAUACAUGUCGAAUUCAGUAUCCUACUCCUUUUCGAAGUCGGUUAAAAAACAGAGAGAAAAAGACUGAACUAAUCAAUAGUAUCUACAAAUAAAAAGACUGAACUAAUCAAUAGUAUCUACAAAUAAAAAGACUCUUCAAACUAAUCGAUAGUAUCUACAAAUACUAAGUAAUUCAAAUUUCCCGCGGGAAACUGGUGUCGCUGCCUAGCGGGGGCGUCCCGAACUAUUUUCGGAGUAUGA